UGUUUUGUUCUUUGGGAGGAUGAGAGAAGGUUUGAAGAUCAGUGCUGACAGUUAUUUGAAACAUUUGCCAUGUGUAGAUGUAACAGCUGAAAACAUCUAACAUCACAGUCUUUAAGUGUCUGUCUGGUUUUAAAAAGACAGGAAAGCGGGUAAAAAUGAUAUUCUCUCUCUUUAGACAUGAUUUGUGACACAAUUCCUUCUGAACAGCAAUGUUCUAAUGUUGAUGUGAUUUAUGAUUUAAAAGGCCUGAACCAAUAUGGAUCUUAUUCCUUGCAUCUGAAGUAUAGCACCAACUCCUAAUUAGAUCUCACCCGAGCCCAAAGUCUCUCUGAAUCCAACUCUCCCUUGAUGAUGAGCUUUAUUUUUUGAGAAUCCAGAUGGAAAGAUGAUGCAGAUUAAUUUGACUGGGUUUCUGAAUGGGAAGAACGCUCGAGAGUUCAUGAAAGACCUCUGGCCGCUGUUGCUAAGCGCCCAGGAGAACAUCGCUGGUAUUCCAUCUGCCUUCCUGGAGCAGAAGAAAGAGGAGAUCAAACAGAGACAGAUCGAACAGGAGAAACUUGCCUCUCUGAAAAAAAUAGAUGAAGAUAAAAGAGAGAAGGAGAGCAAAGAAAGAGCUCAGUCAAAAAGCCCUAAAAGGAGGAAGUCCCGCUCUCCUGUGAAGCGUGACCGUAAGCCCAGUCCCUCUCGAUCUCCUCGCCGAAAACUGAGCCCGGCUGGCUCGCCGCCUUCCAGUCCACUCAAUCAUAAAGAAGAACCAAAGCAAGAACCGGACCAAUCAGAGAGCUCCAAACCAGAGCCGCUUGUUCAGGAGGCUUCCUCUACUAGUGAUCUAGUGGGUGAAAUGAAGCCAGACUCUGUGUCUGAGGCUGUGAAAGAGUCUUCUCCAGAUAAAAUAUCCAAAUCGGAAGACAAGCCCAAACCUAGAGACCGGGACAGAGAGAAGGGUGGACGUAGAGAUCGCCCACACCACCGCUCCCGUUCACCUCGUUCUCGUAGACGACCUCGAUCCCGCUCUAGGUCUUUCUCUCCUCGUCGCAGAACUAGUCCCAGGAGGCGAAUCUCUCCAAGACGUAGGAGCCCUCCUAGACGGCAACCGCCCUCUAGGCAUAGACGUAGCCGUUCACCUGUCCGCAGGCGGCGCUCUCGCUCCCGGUCCUCCUCUGGUAGUUCAUCCUCUCAUUCACCCCAUAAGAGAGCAGGGAAACGUGGGUCAGCUACCCCACCCAGAAAACUUCCACGUCGCUCUGACCCCUCCAGCCCUUCCAGAAGACGAGGUCGUAGUCCCUCAGGACUAGACACCAGCCCUUCAGCUGUGAAGCACAGGCCUGGUGGAAGAAACGACUCUCCUUCUCCUAAACCCAGACGGUCGGAUGCAUCAGAUUCCGAGGAGGAGAAGGUGGGCAAAGAGUCAACAGCAGAUUCUGUCCAGCAGCGACGUCAGUAUCGCAGACAGAAUCAGCAGACCUCUUCAGACUCUGGCUCAUCUUCCUCUGAAGAUGAAGGUUCAAGGAGACCGAAUAGGGGGGGAGGUGCGAGGAAUGGAGAAAUCAGAAGGCGGCGGAGCCGUUCACCUGCAUCACCACGGAGACGGCAAAGAGAUGCAUCACCAAGAAAGAGGCGUUCUCCAUCACCUGCUGGCCGCAGACAUCGUUCACCUUCUCCUGUUCGCCGCCGAAGAUCACCCUCUCCUCCCCCAAGACGCAGAUCUCCAUCUCCACCUCACCGGCGCUUCACUCCCCCAAUCCAGCGCCGAUACAGUCCCUCCCCUCCCCCAGCUCAAAAGAGACGCUCAUCAGGGUCUCCUCCCAAGCGCAGAAGAUCUCCAUCCCCCGUGUCCAAGCGCAGAGGGUCUCCUUCACCUGUGUCCAAGCGUAGAGGGUCUCCUUCACCUGUGUCCAAGCGUAGAGGGUCUCCUUCACCUUUGUCCAAGCGCAGAGGGUCUCCCUCACCCGUUGCUAAGCGCAGAGGGUCUCCCUCACCCGUUGCUAAGCGCAGAGGGUCUCCCUCACCCGUUGCUAAGCGCAGAGGGUCUCCCUCACCCGUUGCUAAGCGCAGAGGGUCUCCCUCACCCGUUGCUAAGCGCAGAGGGUCUCCCUCACCCGUGGCCAAGCGCAGAGGGUCACCCUCUCCUGUGGCCAAACGUCGGUCCUCUCGAUCCCCGAAACGGAGUCGUGGCAGUAGUCCAGGAAAAAGACGUACUCCACCCUCCUCUGCUUCACCCCCACCCCGCCACCGUAGAAGCUCUCCAAAUCCUCCUGCAACCCAGCGGGGCAGAGAUAGUCGCUCUUCUCCCUCUGCACAUAGCACACGAGUGUCUUCCAGUCCUCCAGCUCGAUACGGCCCCUCUGGUUCAUCCCCACAGAGACAAAGACGCCAGACGUCCCCGUCUCAAAGUAGUACCAGACCCAUUCGCAGGGUUUCUCGCACACCAGAGCCACGCAAAUCUCAGAGAGGUUCUCAGAGCCCCCAACCAGUAAGGAGGCAGGUUUCACGGUCACCAUCUGCUUCUCCUCCAACUGCUCCGACGGCCCUCAAGCGGCCUGCUUCAGUCUCCCCUUCUCACUCUGCUAGCCGUUCUCCACCUCCACCUGCAAAAAAGAGCAGCAGUGUCUCCCCGAGCCCAUCACCUAACAAGAACUCUGAUGCAGAAGGUAGUAAGAAGAAGAAAAAGAAGAAAGAAAAGAAACACAAGAAAGAGAAGAAGCACAAGAAGCAUAAGAAACAGAAAAAGGAGAAGAGUGGAGAAGAAAAGAGUGGAGGGGCAGGAGGAGGACACGGACAGGAAGCAGAGCCAGACUCUGACCAGAAAAAGGAAUCAGAGAGUGAAGUAGAAGACAGUUUGGAUGAUCUGGAGAAGCAACUACGUGAGAAAGCUCUUCGCUCAAUGAGGAAGGCCCAGAUGUCUCCAUCAUCCCAGUCCUGAGGAAAUAUCCACCACAUCCCACAUUUCCAUCUUUUUCUUCCACUCUCUGCAUUUUAAAUGUUUGAUGUUGGUUCAGCCUUAGAAUGUACAAAUUGUUAAAAUUCUCCCUAGACUUUUGUUUGUUUGGACUUUUUUUGGGGGGCAUGUUUAUUGCUGAGGCGUUUUAUGAUGUAGAAAAAGACUGAGCAGUUUCUUCAUCAGAUUCUGCCCUCUUUUCCACCCUUAAAUACUGUCGAAAAACCGUUUAUCCAAAAACAAACCUUUUUUAGUCCCCACCCCACCCUCAUAAUUCCUGUGUUGCUUUUACGGUCACGAUGAAACAAAUGAAAAGCUUACUUGCAGUUCUGAGUUAAUGAUGUACAAGUUAGCCUAUGGAUUCUCUCUUCACUUCAGCAGGACUUUUUACGAGAGUUUUGUUUGCAUGGACAGCAGACCCUGGUGUGUUUGUCCUCUUGUGUGCAUGAUCCAUAAACCAAAAUGCCCAGAGAGCUAAUCCAGAAAGCUGCUCUCUCUGUUCACCUGAGCAUUGUGGCAGUGUUUAAGCUCUAAUGUGCACAUGAGAACAAAUCAGUUAAGUCUGUUUUCAUCCUUUUUUUUUUGCUUUAUAUUUUUUGUAACCUAAGUUGUGUUUGAAAUUGUUGAACCCUGCAGUAAUUUCUGGCUUUGAACAAAGUCGCAUUAAAAUGGAAAAAAAAAAUUGUCUCAAA